GACGGGAACGCCCGUCUGUGGGCUCUGGGAGACGCACGAGUUCAUACUGAGCUCGCGCUGGAGUGAAAUCAGUUCGGAGUUUCAGACGCGUAGCGGGAGCGCAGCUGGUCUGAUGCGCGAGCCAGUGAGACCCACAGCGGAGAUGUGGCCGGACUCCGAUUGGCUCUGAUAAAUAUUUUUUUUUCCAUUUAGAGGUUGCCCAUUAUGAACAUGGCAGAGCAAUCGGCUGCAGUGCCCACUCCAAAGAUGGCGGCGCUUUGCCGGGUUCGAGCCCUGACACUGGUUUUCUUGACUGUCAGCGGCUGUUUGGGUAGCUCGUCAAGUAGCAAAGACGGAGCCGAAGAAACUGUCAUCAUAGGUCUGAGACUGGAGGACACGGAUGACGUUUCCUUUAUGGACAGGGGCUAUCUGCGGGUCAGCGAGAGGUCCCGUGUCAAGUUGAGGGUAUAUGGGCAAAACAUUAACAACGAGACAUGGUCCAAAAUCGCUUUCACAGAACACGAGAGAACUAGAGUCAUCGGUAACAUUGACAAUUCAUUCGGGGACAACAAGAGCAAAGAAGAUGUAUCCGGUUUCCAUCCUUGCGGCAUCAGGACAUCGGAUAUUAUAAUUUUGCCCAGUAUAACUGUGAAUAGGAAAACGUCGGGGAUAGUUGAAAUUGAAGUGAAGCCCCUCCGCAAAACCGAGAGGAGCAAAGCUUACUACCUGUGCAUCGCAACCUCAACGCCCGCGGUCCCGGGGGUCCAUGACCCUUGGACCGAAAACACCUGGAUCUAUCACGAUGGACACGACACUAAAGUGAUCGUAGUGGAGGAGAAGAAGUUUCUGUUGCCGUUCUGGCUGCAAGUGAUCUUCAUCGCUAUGCUGCUCUGUCUGUCCGGCAUGUUCAGCGGGCUGAAUCUGGGGCUGAUGGCCCUGGAUCCCAUGGAGCUCCGGAUAGUUCAGAACUGCGGCACCGAGAGAGAGAAGAAUUACGCGAAGAAGAUCGAGCCGGUGCGGAGUCAGGGGAAUUACCUUCUCUGCUCGCUGCUUUUAGGAAACGUCUUAGUUAAUACCACCUUGACUAUUUUGCUGGAUGAUAUCGCCGGCUCUGGAUUGAUCGCCGUCGUUGUGUCAACGAUUGGGAUAGUUAUAUUCGGCGAAAUAGUUCCGCAAGCAAUAUGUUCCAGGCAUGGCCUUGCGGUCGGUGCCAAUACCAUAUUCCUCACCAAAUUCUUCAUGCUGCUCACUUUCCCUGCCUCGUACCCGGUGAGCAAGCUGCUAGAUUACCUUUUGGGACAGGAGAUAGGAACCGUGUACAACCGAGAAAAACUCCUGGAGAUGCUGCGAGUGACGGAUCCUUAUAACGAUCUGGUGAAAGAGGAGCUUAACAUUAUUCAGGGUGCCUUGGAGCUCAGGACAAAGACCGUGGAGGAUGUGAUGACCCCCCUGCGCGACUGCUUCAUGAUCGCGGGAGACGCGAUCCUGGAUUUUAAUACCAUGUCAGAGAUCAUGGAGAGCGGCUACACGCGGAUCCCGGUUUUCGAGGGCGAGCGCUGCAACAUCGUAGACCUGCUGUUCGUCAAGGAUCUGGCUUUCGUGGACCCCGAUGACAGCACGCCAUUAAAAACCAUCACAAAGUUCUACAGCCACCCGUUGCAUUUUGUGUUCAAUGACACUAAGUUGGAUGCAAUGCUGGAGGAGUUUAAAAAAGGUGAUGGUGUCGAACGUUGUAGCGUCACUUGUAACGGUGUCGCAUAGUGCUAGCUCUGCAGGAAAAUCUACAAAUCUGUCAACAUGUACGUGGGAAAGCUUCUAAACCAGUCCCUAAUCUCAAGUGAGUUUCACAACACAUCAGCCUGAGUUACUUGACUGUAGAUCACACCAAAGCAAACACCUUAAGGGGGGUUGGGUGAGUGCAACAAUAGCCAGGUGAGUGUAAAACGUGUUUAGGAGACCAUUUGCUGCAUCAGCGGAAAUGCUCGACCUCUGUGGCCCCUGCUGUGUGUGUCAGCUCUUGGGGUAGCCGUGCGUUUUGCGGCAUACAGAGUUGUGACCCUGCAUCGAGAUCUGAGAAAUACUCUUUUAGGACUGUUCUAUUCCCACAUACGAUCAAUCUUUCGGCUCUGAUCUCUGCCUUGAGCUCAGGUGGUUACGUAAUCACCGUUUGCACGCCUCAUCAUGAGGGAGAGAGUGUAGCUGCUAGAUUAGGCAGAAGGAUCUGAAAUUUUGAAAGUCACUUUUGUAUUUUUCUCUCACAUUUAAUUUGAGUAUGUACUCCUCCAUAACUGAUUCAUGGGUAAAUAUCUUGGAUAUCGAUCAUUCACUGAUGACUUGUUACGGCUCUAAAUCCUUUCUGAUUUUUAUAAAUGAAGCGCACAUCGAAAAAAGCAACCCAUCUGGAAUGUCUGGGCAAUGAAAUCUCGAAGAAAGGGAUGAGCAGGACUGAAACUGAAAGUAGACAUGGUGUAACUAAAACCUUCCUGAGGAAAAUCCAGCUUCACUGACCCCCCUGCAGAUUCACCCUUGAAAUUCCAUUUUUGUUCUUUGCAGGAAGUGAAAAACACAUUAAGUUUCAGUUUUUAUAUCCCAAUAUCCGAAAGAAUAAGAAGUGUAUAAAUAGUCAUGUGUGUGUGUCUUUUUUUGGGAUGUGGUUAUUGGUCACUGAGCCACCGUACAUGAAGUUUACCCUGACCCUGUCUGCAUUCUGGCCCUCUUCUCAUUGGCUGUUCCACAUUCUUCAGAUCUUUUGCUUUUCUAUGAUAUAAACAAGUCUUUAGACUGUAGGUGUCCAGUGACGUGGAGUCUUUAUGACCAUAACAAUGUAGGCGGCCAAAAACAACAUUUACAGAGGACUUGAAUGGAUUAUCAGCUCCUUUAACACCCAUUGAAUUAAAUAUUUAUAACCUUUAAGGCAGUGUGACCUCGGUAUCGUACAGCUUUAAUUUAAUCAAUGGUCCCUCAUCCAUAACGGGCAGAACUCCCCAUGGAGGGUCAGCUUCUGACAUAGCCUGCAUUCUUCAAAUUCUGAUACGACAGGAAGUGGACUUUAAACAGAUUAGUAAAACAAACGAGAAACAUAAAUCAAGCUUAAAUAUUCAGAGGUGCACCUGAAAGCUGCACCGGCCGGCCUCUUUCAGUAUGGUAUGAUUAAAUCAUAUUCCUGUGAAUAUUGGGAAGCUGAUCGUUUUUGAAUGAAAUUAGCAGAUUGGUCGGAGACAUGUCUUACCCUUGGGGAGAAAUAUGUCCGCUUGGUGUCUCUCAUAUACACGGAGUUGAGAGUGAGAGCAUACAGGAGCAAUGGCAGAUCUGUGUGCCAGGCAUUUGGGUGAGGAUGUAUCCCCUGUACAAGCCAGAGAACAGUGAUUCCGUUCUUCAAAGAUCUGCCGUCGUACUUGCAAGGAUCGAGGAUGCAGGUCAGAAUAGACUGCUGGUUGUCUGGAGAGAUCUUUUCUGUUAAAAAUCAAGGGCAUUUCGGAUCUUGAGUGGUUCUGUUGCGGAUUUUGGAACAACGGUGGCUCAAGGCAGUCAUAGAGCGUCGCCUCUGCUGGCGUGCAGGUUGACGUUACUCAAGGUUACGGAAGAACAAAAGAGGACAAAGGAAAGUUGUCGUCCAAGACACAAAAAAGUGUUUGUAUGUGCAGUUGAAAGGAUCCCCACGCCUUUCCUACAAAAGAACCCCCAGCACUCUCACAUCAAAGUGCACACGGUGUUACAUGGCACAUAAUCAAUCCCACAGAACAUUCACCCCCCGUCUUCCAGUCCUGUUUGGGGUUGGAGGGGGUGGAGCCUAAACCACAUAAUAGUUGGCCAAAAAUGUUUUCCUGUGGAUUACACCAUACUGUACGCUAAUGAGGAUUACACUGUAAAUACACACAACAGGAGACCAUAAAGCGUUCACGAGAAUUGUGCCCUAAACACAUAGUAAAUGCAAAGAUGCACACAAUAACAGACCUGAAGUGUAUUAAUGAGUCUUGCAUCAUAAAUAAACACUACUCUAGAUAAUAAAAUCAUUAGUCGCACAACGGUAAGAUAAAAUGCUGUACCAUUGCUCUAACAACACCCAAACACAAAUGUAGAAGUACCAUUGUAAUUUGCAAAUAAUGGAGGUAAAAGAGAACCAGUAACCCAUUUAAGUUUUGUGUGCAACUGUCAUGUGACUCACUGCAACUGUCAUGUGACUCACUGCAACUGUCAUGUGACUCACUGUAUCUGUCAUGUGACUCACUGUCACUUUUCAUAAGCAAAGGUCUAAUUAUUAAAUUUAUCUACUAACAUACCUACUAAACAAUUCGCUAAACUGGGCAGCUGCUCCCUAAAAGCUUGAUCAGGUUCCACAAAGUGUUUUAAAAGGACGGGUCGCAUUGACGCAAGGGUAAUCUUGAAUGGAGCUGACAUUAAAACCUGAUCAAAUGGCCUUGAUCAGCAUCUGUCUCUACCUGGAGCUGGAGUGUCGAAGCUGACACUGUCCACAGUGUUGCGGGAGCAGAGGAAGUGCUACAACCAUACAUGACCUCUGAAAUACCCAACUGCUUAUCUGAGAACUGAUGGUGGGAAGCCUGGAGACUUUCCCAGUCAGUGUAGGGUACAAGGCACCCUGGAUAGGAUUGUGGUCCAUCACAGAUCACACACAAUAACACUGUAGUCGUUUUAGGGACAGUGAUGUAUGGCUUUGGACUGCAGAAGGGGAGUUUUGAUGCAGCGGUGGCUGCAUUCGAACCACAAACCGCAGAGGUUGGUUUGAGCCACUAUACUGUCCCACCCAUGUAUCCAACAUAAUAAGAGGAAGUACUGAAGGUCAUCGUAAUAUUUAGAAAUGAAUACGUUUAGACCGUAAUCAGUUCAUUUAACUGGUUCUGCUAUGCAAUGCUAGUGAUAAAUGCAGAGGGAAUAUCAAUCAUAUGAGCGGCCAUUGAAAUGUGCAGCUUCAGAAUUAGCUGAGAAGGUUUACUUUAGUGUCAGGAGACCAUCCGUGCUGUAGCCACCUUGGGGAGGUCGGCUGUCCAAUACAGCUGUGGCACAUGUGGGAGUUGGACAGGUAAGGUUAACAGGCAAAUGGGCCGAGAAGGAGAUAAAGAAAGAGAAUGUAACGAGCUUUAUGUCUUUUUUUUUUAUACUUCUUUUAUAUGUCAGAUUCACUAGUGGUUAAAUGGGUUAUUAAAUGACACCGUAAUUGCGCUAAUUAGGAUUGUGAGCUUUGACUUUAAUAUAGCUUAUCGAUUUAAUGGGGGACAGUUAGAAGAUGUGAAUGAGGAAAUCUGGUUAUCACUGAAUUUUCCAGCAUUUUUAAAGUACUAUGUAAAAUACGUUUGCCAUUUUCAAACAGCAGGUAGAUUCUUCACCUGUAUGCUGAGCUCUCGUGUUAAUGUUCACGAGCAGGUGUUCAAAGUUGUUUCGUUUGCGUAAGUAUGCAAGAAAUUAAACAUUUAUGAAUCAUUUAUCAGUGCUUUGUUUUUUUUAAAUGUUCUCUUGGUGGUUUAAAUGGCUCCUUAGUCUACAACCCAAAUGAUAAAUUUCAUCGCUGACAAUAAUCGAUUAGUCGGGGAUGACCUCUGAUGACCUUUCAUACUUGGGCACUAUAGCAGUGAAUGUAGUCCCUGUAGUGCAAGGCAAUGCCAUUAUUGUCCGAUUCUACUUUGGGGAAAUUUUCUCGGAAUAUCGAUCACAGUCAAACGUGUCUAUGGAUUUUCAUAAAGGCAGGGCAGGCAGCAGGCAACGUCCUUCAAGGAAAAUAUCCUCAGAUAUCCAAGAAGAUCCAAGCAAGACCUAUUUCUUAGUUUACAUUUCAUCUGAAUGACUCUAAUCACUGUAUAUCUGUGUAUUAAACAUUAUUUCUAGGGUUAAGAACAAAACAACAACGACAAACUCUACUCAAGAACAGUGUAUUGGUUAUUAAAUUGCAACUGAAAGCCUUUAGACAAAAAAACGAUAAAUAAUCAAAUACUGCCCCAGUAAUUUAUAAAGGGGACUGGAACAAGGUCCCUGGAACAGAUUGUCCCCUUCUUGGUGAGAACAAAGUGACCAUGUUCCUUUGAAGUCUGCAGGGCGAUUGGGGAAGCG